CUCCAGACACAGCCCAAGCUGGCACAAACCUUUUUAAACCUUUAAAAAAAAAUUCGACCAAAAUUCAAAAUUUCCAAAUUGUUUUAGACCAAUUAAGACCACGGUUAAUUUUAGAAUGCGCUUGUUUGGUAGAAUAACACACUUUUUACAGAUAUCGAGAUGUCUCAGCUACCAUACUCCGCUCUUCCGUCCCCGCAGCCUGCUCCAUUCCGAGCGGCUGAGGCUGCUGGGCAGUAGUGCCACCUACGGAUCCAAGGCGACGCGGGAGGCCACUACCCCGGCGCUCGGUUCUCAUCCGGGUCGCCCCCGGGUGCAGAAGUAUUCGCAGAACGGCAACAGUGUCUUCUCGAUCAACGAUAAUGUGGAUAUGCUGCGCAAGCGGAUCAGCUUCUCCGGCACAUCGGGAAAUGCACCCAAGAUCCUGCCCAUCGGCCUGAUUACACCGGAAACUGGCGAUGGCAAGGACCUAAAGAUCGUCAUUGUGCCUCUGGACCUGUCCGGCAUGGAUGCCAAUGCAUUGAAGGAUACGUUGGAUAGCAUCAACCAGCUGCGGCUGUACGCCAACCACAUCGAGGCCUUCUCCAGCAGCAUGGUCGAGGAAUACGGUGCGUUAAACGAGGCCGUCCAGGAGGUGGUAUCGGAGGAGCAAUCGGAGGCGAAUGCGAAUGAUCGCAAGUUCUGGGAAACCUACCCAUCCUCGCCGGCAGCCGACGUGGAUGCCGUGGGAACCACUGUGGAUGCGGGUCUGGGUGCCAACAUGCCCAUGCAUCGCCAGGCAGUGGUUAGUAGCUGCCUUCAAAAUGCUAUGGGACUUCCAGGAGCUGCCAAUUCUUCGCUAAAGACCACCAAGUCCAUGUCGGCGCUGGCCCAAGCCAAGCCCGUCACAAAAUCCAGUCUGGGAGCUAAUCUCGCCGACUUCGCCGUCCAGGAGGGGGACUUCGUGGAAGAGGUGCGAGUGGAUGUGCCGCAGGAUCUGAGCAAUCGACUCAACGAGAUGGCCGUGUCCUCCAUGGAGCUGUCAUUUGAGAUGGACAUGACCAAUCUGAGCAAUGCUCUUGAAAGCAAGGGCUUAAAUGAUGCAAUCCCGCAGGACCCCAUGAUCUGUAUGCACACCAAGGUGGAAAUAGACGCAUCCGGAACGGCAGAGGAAACCAUUCCGCUCAGGUUUAACGCCUUGAUCUCUGGUGUCGUCCAGAUUGAUACUCAGAAGUUGAAUUCAGCCCAGCUGACUGAUGACAAGAUGCCCGGCUUCAAUGACGACCUCACCGCGUUGGCUGCCAACCUUUGCAGCACCGCCUUGGAAAAGGGUUUCUCGGGGAACUCAAAAACCUCGGACACCUACAUUGCCGAUCUGGAACUUACCAAGGAUGAGCAGGCCUUUGCGACCAGGAUCAUUGAUACGUCCUAUAUGUCUGCGUCCACUCAAAUAGGACAUCAGCGGGAGGCUCAGCAGAAGAUCGCUGAAGAAGCGGCCGCUGAACCUGGUAUCCAGGAGGUUGAGGUGCCAGUUCCUGUGGAUAAGGAUGGUUGCAAGUAUCCUCCCGUGAAGCCCAAGAAAAAGUGUCCAGGAAAAUGCCCUCUGAUUACUGAUCCCUGCAAGGCUGAUCCCUGCGAGAAACCGGAAAAGAAAAAGGCACCCAAGAAAAAGGCAGAAAGUACCACGGAGAUAACAUCCAUGGCCAAGGGAGGCGACAAGAAGGAUCCUUGCUCGAAGGACGGAAAAGGCAAGGACAAGAAGAAAGACCCGUGUGCCAAGUUCAAAAAGGGUGGUAAGGAUGGUUGUGAUAAGGAGAAAAAGAAGGAUCCCUGCCCCAAAAAGAAGGAAGAUCCUUGUGCGAAAAAGAAGGAAGAUCCUUGUGCGAAAAAGAAGGAUCCUUGUCCUAAGAAGGAAGAUCCUUGUGCGAAAAAGAAGGAAGAUCCUUGUGCUAAAAAGAAGGAAGAUCCGUGUGCUAAAAAGAAGGAUCCUUGUGCUAAAAAGAAGGAAGAUCCUUGUGCCAAAAAGAAGAAAGAUCCUUGUGCUAAAAAAGAUGAUAAGAAAAAGAAGGAUCCAUGUGCCAAAUUCAAGUCUGGGGAGAAAAAAGAUCCCUGUGCCAAAAAAGACGAUAAAAAGAAGGAUCCUUGCGCCAAAAAGGAUCCCUGUGCCAAGAAGGACGAAAAGAAAAAGGAUCCCUGUCCCAAGAAAAAGGAUCCAUGUGCCAAAAAAGAUGACAAGAAAAAGAAGGAUCCUUGCGCUAAAAAGAAAGACCCUUGCGCUAAGAAAGAUAAGAAGAAGGAUCCCUGUGCCAAGGGCGGAAAGGAUGACAAGAAAAAGAAGGAUCCCUGCGCCAAGUUCAAGAAGGGCGGUAAGGAUGGCAAGGACAAGUGCAAGUUCUCAACCUUUUCUAGGCGUUCGGAUUCGAGCAAACGCUACCUGUCCACUGCUCUGAACCAGGCCUUCCGGGAAUCCGAACACGUUUCUGGAGGUCCUCGCUUCCACGUCUAUUCCACUCUCGUGCGCCGUCACUAUCGUGUCCCUGUUCCCAAGACACCCGAAAUCUGCCAGUGUUCAUUGUGCCAGGGCCGCCGGCUCCACAAGGCAUCUGCUCCGGCUAAAUUCACGAUCAACACAACUCUCCUGCGACGACGCUUUGGUGGACUGACAAAGAAGAUCUCGCCCGGAGGCCUGAGCAAUGCCAACAGGCGGGGAUACGCCAAAAAGGAGAAGAGAGGCGGCAAGUGCGGCCAGAUGGCGCCCAAGUACCCCAAGAGCCGUGGCAAGGACAUAAAGGAACGGACUGGUCUCCGCGAGGAUUGUUUCAGCGAUGAAGACGGCGGUUGUGGAGUAAAGAGCUGCACCGGCAAGUGCGCCAAGGUCAAGUUCCCCAAAAAGAAGUGCGAACGCAAGGACGAAAAGAAGGAUGGUAGACUAGGCACUCUCUUCGCCCGGAAUGCUUUUGUCCAGCUGCAGAAUCAGCAGAGAUCAUUCAGCACUCGGGUCUGUUGCCAUCCAUCGCCCUCGCCAAAGUCGGAAGAUAAGCGCAUCCUGGAUGAACAGGCAUAUGCUCUGCAAAUUUUAAAGUCCUACGAGAUUCAAAUGGUUCCCGUUAACAGACCCACUCCCAAGGAUUUUGAUGUACUUAUUCGAACGGGUUCAGUGGCCAUCUCGAACUCUGACAUCCAUGUCUAUGAGAACGGCAACCGCGACGUGGAGGUCAUGUCCUUGGGUCACGAUGCCACGGGAAUCGUGGAGGAAGUCGGUCGCUGCGUCCACCAUCUGCAUGUGGGUGACCGCGUCGUCAUGGAGUCUGCGUUGUCCUGCGGCAUUUGCGAGUUGUGCAAACAGGGAUUGUACAACAUGUGCUCUGGUUUGGUAUACAACGGCUUUCUAAGCACUUUCCAAACUCAUCCGGCGGAUCUUUGCCACCGUCUUCCCCCUUCCAUUAGCAUGGAGGAGGGUUCGCUGACCCAAACAUUGGCCCUGGGAUGUCAGGCAUGCUUCAAGGGCAAUAUCACGCCCACCAGCAAUGUCCUAAUCCUGGGAUCUUGCCCAACAGCGGUGGCGGCGGGCAUAUGCGCCAAGGCUAUAGGGGCCAAGCGCGUGGCCAUUGCCGGCUGUAUGGCUCCCGCUCUGGAUGUCGUCGCCCGGGACUUUGGAUUCCAGGCCGUCGAGUUCGACAGCAACGCCCUGUUUGGAGAGGUCCUCGAGGCCAUAUACAGCAAGUUCCAGGACUGGCCCAGCUGCGUCAUUAACUGUUCCAUAUCGGCCAUGACAAUGAAUCUGGCGGUUAUGGCGUUGCAGCCAUGUGGAGUGUGUGUGCUCGCGGAAUGCGAUUCAGAGUGUGCCAGCUUUAAUGCCCUAGACGUACUGAUGAAGAACAUCCGCUUGGUGCCCAGCUUUCGGUCCGCCAAUAUGUAUCCCACCGCCCUGCAACUCAUGCGAUCUGGUCGAGCACUAAUGCACAACUUCAUCACGUCCACAUAUCCCCUGAGCAGGGCGGACGAGGCCUUCCGAACUGCCCAGCACGAGUCCAACAUUGGGCUGGGGAAGAUCAUUGUUAACUGUGCGGAAGAAGUGGAUAUCGAGGAGAAGCAAGGAAGAAAUUCCAAAUCGACAUCGUAAAAAAUUUUGGUAGUAAUAGCUGUGUAGAAGACCGCAUCAAAGAAUUCUAUUAUACUUAA